ACCGAAUACGAAUAAUAAUCUUGUCUGUCAUCAGCAGGGAGACAACGUCGGCUGCGAGCCGAUCUAAUCGAAAAGCAAUCUCGAAUUCGGUGUGUCGGCCGGCCAGAUGAAUUAAUCGCAAGGUCGCCGACGCGUUCUGCGACACUUGGAGCGGCCCUUCCACCUUCCAUUCGAACUGCAGCGAAAUUCUCUCGGGGCAGAAUGGUGAAGCUGUUCAGCCUGAGCGUGCUGCACAAGUCGCCAGGGAAGGCGACCUGGCUGUGCGCCUCCUACGACACCUCCACGUUCAACUUCUUCCAGCGGAGCAGCGCCACCGAGUUCAUGUCGUUCGUCAGCAAGACCAUCGUCGAACGCACCCACACCUGCUCCAGACAGUCCGUCAAGGAAGGAGAUUACAUGUGUCACGUGUACGUCCGGGCGGACAACCUGUCCGGAGUAGUUCUCUCGGACCACGACUACCCCCACAGGGUGGCACACACCUUGAUCACUAAGCUCCUUGAAGAGUUCGCUGCCAAAUUCAUUCCCUCCUCGUGGAGCUCGCUACCGGAGAAAUCUGCAGUCUUUCCGCAACUCGAGACAUACCUCGUCAAGUACCAGAACCCCAGGGAGGCGGACGCGAUGACUAAAAUCCAGGAGGAGCUAGACGAGACUAAAAUCAUUCUGCAUAACACGAUCGAGGCUGUGCUGGAGCGUGGCGAGAAGCUGGACGACCUGGUUUCCAAGUCUGAGGGUCUGAGCGUGCAGUCCAAGGCCUUCUACAAGACGGCCCGCAAAACGAACUCGUGCUGCAGCCUCGGUUGAUGAGACUCGACCCUAGUUGGUGUUUGUGAUCUUUGUGCAUGCCACGCAUUGAAACUUAACACUUCCGUUUCUCUUCAGUUACAGACUAUUUAUGUAUUCCGAUGCCUCUUACGUACGUUAUGUACCGUUCUUUUUUUUUAUCCAAACCGCAAAUAUAUUAAUAUAUUAUUGUGUACGCGAAUUUGGUCACGCCGACUGAAUGAACACAUGAGAAGAAGGGUAGAAAGAAAGCUAGAAAGUGGACUGUGUCGGCUGCUCUUGCAUGCGUUUACUUUUGGUUCAGUUUUUUUUUUAGAUCGGUUCGCAUCUUCUCUUUCGAUGAAUGUGCCUGUAUGUAUUCCUGUGGAUGUACACACACUGUUAUAUCAACGUGCGACAUUUCAAGCAGACUCAAAUAAAGGCGUUAAUCGUGUUCAUUCAAA